AUGUAUUCUAAUAAUAUAAAAGAUAAUCUUAUAUAUAAUGAAGAAUACAAUAAUUCUUUAUACACAAAAUAUGAUUAUAUAAACAAAAAUAAAGAAAAUAUUUUGAAUGGAAUAAAUAAGGUAUAUCAAGAUAAUUAUACAUUAAAAGAAAAUAAUUGCAAAAGUGAUAAUCAUCAAAUAUACAAAAUUAUCUUAAAAACUGGAGAUAAUAAUUAUAUAUAUUAUAAUAAUCAAGUGAAUAAAUAUAAUUUAAAAAAGGAAAGUAAUUUAAAUAUUGCAAAAGUAUCAAAUAUUAAAUCUAUAUUUAAUAAGAAUAACCUAAAAAAACAAAAGAAAAAAGUUAGUUUUUUAGAUGAAUGCAAGACACUAUAUUAUGAAAGAAAACUGAGCCAGGAAUUGACUUGUGGAAUAAAUAUUAAGAUAAAAAAUGAUAAAGAUGAAAAAAAAAAAAAAAUUGUUAAUUCUAUUGUUGUAAAUAAUAAUGAUGAAAAAAAAAAAAAAAUUGUUAAUUCUAUUGUUUUAAAUAAUAACAAUGAAAAAAAAAAUGAAAUUGUUAAUUCUACUGCUUUAAAGAAUAAUGAUGAAAAAAAAAAUGAAAUUGUUAAUACUACUGCUUUAAAGAAUAAUGAUGAAAAAAAAAAUAAUAAAAAUUUAAAUGAAAAAAGUAUUAUACAAAAUUCUACUAUAUAUAAAAAAACGAAAUGUAAAUCUGUAAAUUUUAAUUUAACAAAACACAAUUUAAAAAAUGACAGUAAAGAUAUAAUUUUUAAUAUAUUAUCAAAAAAAAUUAGUGAAAAAAAGACAAAUAAUAUACAAAUUAAUUUUAAUAAGAAUAUGUCCCAAAAAAAUAUAUUUCUAAAUAUAAACCCUAAUAUGAUCUGUAAAUUAAAAGCAAAAGAUAAUAAACAUAUUUGUAUUAAUGAUGAAAAAAAUAUAAAUUUUUCUAAUAAUAAUGUUUUUACAAAUGAAAAAAAAAGAUUAAUUUUUAAUAAAUAUAUUCUAAAUAUUAAAAAAGAAACAGAUAAAAAAAAAAACAGUGAUAAAUAUUUUUUGAGACAAACAAAUAACCACUUUCUCAAUGUUUUCAACAAAGAAGGAAAUACAAAAUUAAAAAGAAAUAAUAAAAUAUUCAAAAGAAAUAUUAAAAAUAAUAAUAUAAAGAAGAAAAUUGUAGAAAAUUCUUAUAAUAGUAAUAAUAAUAAUAAUAAUAAUAAUAAAAUUAAUAAAAACAGCAACAUAGAGGAUAACUAUUUUAAAACUAGUCAAAAUAAUGAUUGUAAUAUUUCUUACUUAAAAUUAUGUAAUACCAAUAGAUUUUCACUUAAAAAUAAAACUAGUUAUAAACUAAUCACAAAUCAUAAAGUAAAAAUGUUAGAAGAAAAUGUUGAUAAAAAUAAAGAGAAUAGUAAUAAUAUUCGUUAUUUAAAUAAAUUGAAAAUAAAUAAGGAGUUUUUCUUAAAUAAAGUAAAUACAAUUAAGCUUAAAAAUGACACGAAAAAUAUUUAUCAUGUUAUUAAUAAAAGUGUUCACAAUAAAGAAAUAAACAAUCAUUGUAAUGUGAAAACAAACGAUAAAAUUGUUACUAAAAGUUUAAAUUCUAAUUUAGAGAAAAAGCAAUAUGAUGAAAAAAUAGAACAUAUUAAUUUAAAAGGUGAAUUAAAUAAUUACAAAAAGGUGGAUACGAAUACUAAUCCAGUUAUAGUAGAAAAAAUUAAGAAUUAUAAUAAUUCCUUUUAUAUAAAAACUAAUCAUAAAAAUAUAUACAUUUUAGGUGCAAAAAGAAAUGAUAGAUUAGUAAUAAAUAAAGAACAAGGAUAUGAAAGAAUCUCUAUCUCAAAAGAUACAGAAAAAAUAGAAAACAAAAAAAAAUUAUUUGAAGAUAAAAAUAUUUUAAAUGAAGAGAAACCAUCAAAAGAAAUUAUUAAUUUUUUUAGACAAAAUGCUUAUCCAAAUAAUGAAAAUAUCAUUUUAAAAAAAAAUAAAAAUAAAAUAGAAAAACAGAAGCAAAUAGAAGAAAAGGAACAAAAUAUUAGAAAAGAUAAAAAGGUAAAAAUAAAAAAAAAAAAUAAGGAUAUUUAUUUUGAAAAAUAUAUAGUAAUAGAUAAAGGAAAACACAAAAACAAACAGAAAAAAUCAAAAUAUGAACAAAAUAAUAAAAUAAAAAGAAAAGAAGUAAAAGAUGAAGUAAUAAGAAAAUUACACUUAAAUAUUAAACAAGGAAAAAAAGAGACUAAAAACAUAGAUAAUAAAUGCAAGGUUUUAGAAAAAAAAAAAGUAAAAUAUGAAGAAAUAAAAAGUAAAACUAGGAAAGAUAAAGAAAUUCAAAAUAUAAAUAUCGAUAGAAAAAAUAAAAAGUUAAAAAUUAAAGAUAAAAAGACAAUAACAAACAUAUGCAAAAGUAAUCUAAGAAAUCAAAUGAAUUAUAUCAAAAGUUGUAAACUUGUAAAAAAUAAUUCUAAAAGAUUUAAAAAUAUUAUUGAUGUAUGUAAGCUGAGCAUUAGAAAAAAAAAAAAAAAAAAGAAAAAAAUUUUUAAUUAA